AUGACGAUGUUGUCCAAUCUUCCACGGGAUUUGGAAGAGGAGUUACUCUCUAGGGUUCUAAUUACAUCUUUGAGACUAUUACGGUCUACUUGCAAACGGUGGUACCAUCACGCUUUAUUCAAAGAUCCAAGAUUCAUCAAAACGCAUUUUGAUAAAACAGCAAGGCAGAGGCUGUACCAGGCUUUCUUACUGAUGGAUUUUAGGGUUUAUCCAGUGAGGUACAUAACCAAUAACGUUUAUCCAAUGUUAGCAGAUAAACUAAGUCUAAUCGAUCCCCUCAGUAAUUCAGAGGUCGAUAUAACUCAAGCUUUUUACUGCGAUGGCAUAUUAUUAUGCACCACCAAGGACAAGAGAUUUGUGGCGUGGAACCCGUUUUCGGGGCAAACCAGAUGGAUCCAACCGAGAAAUCAUCACACGAGAAGCGAGUUCUAUGCUCUUGGUUACGAUAACAAGGACUUGUGCCGUAGCUACAAAAUCUUGAGGGUUAUAGAUGUCAGCGAGCAAACAAUGGAAAUCUAUGAGCUUAGGUCUAAUUCAUGGAGGAAUCUUGAUGUCUCUCCCAUUGGAAGCUUUGAAUCUCUUGGCGUGUCUUUGAAAGGAAAUACUUAUUGGAUCUCGAAACGAGGAGGAGUAGUCAAGGAUUACUUGCUACUCAAGUUUGAUUUUUCAACUGAGAUAUUUCAAAACCUGUGCCUCCCCUUUCACGAAGCAGAAUGUUUGGAUACUUUCGCUCUCUCGGUUGUUAGAGAAGAACGUCUUUAUUUGUUAUAUCAAUGUCAAAAGACACGAAAGAUGGAAAUAUGGGUGACCAGUGAGAUUGAGACCACCUUUGCUUCUUGGAGCAAGUACUUAGCAGUGGAUUUAAGACCUCGUCCCCAUAUGUUAUUCAGCUUCUUCGUUGAGGAGGAGAAGAAGAUUGUUGCUUGCUGUGAUCAAGACGAAGAUCGUUGCAGGGUAGAAUAUUUUGUAGAAGAUGGAUACAAAGGAUAUAGACGUUGGUGUGGAGACACAGAAUGUUGGCCGGUUGUGUUUGGUUAUGUUCCAAGGGUGGUUGAAAUUUCAGCAAUGUAA